CUCUCCUACCCAACAUUUGAAUCCGAAGUGCGAUAUUGAAAGCAUUAGCAACAAGCGAAGCGAUAAUUUUCCAAGUUUCGUAUAGUUUAUUUGUAAAAGGAGAAUAGAGAAGUAACAAAAAUGGUGAAAGCUCCAGCAAUCGGUAUUGAUUUGGGAACGACCUACUCGUGUGUCGGUGUUUGGCAGCACGGGAAAGUGGAAAUCAUCGCCAACGACCAAGGCAACAGAACGACUCCUAGUUAUGUGGCGUUUACCGAUACGGAACGUCUCAUCGGGGAUGCGGCGAAGAACCAGGUGGCGAUGAACCCGGCUAACACCGUAUUCGACGCUAAACGACUGAUCGGAAGGAAGUACGACGAUCCCAAAAUUCAACAAGAUCUCAAACAUUGGCCGUUUAAAGUCGUCAACGACAGCGGUAAACCGAAAAUCCAGGUGGAAUAUAAGGGAGAGAUCAAGAGAUUCGCUCCGGAAGAAGUCAGUUCGAUGGUGUUGACGAAAAUGAAGGAAACGGCCGAAGCAUAUUUGGGAAUGCCUAUUAGAGAUGCCGUCGUCACCGUUCCGGCUUAUUUCAACGACUCCCAAAGACAAGCCACAAAAGAUGCGGGCGUUAUCGCGGGACUAAACGUUAUGAGAAUCAUAAACGAACCCACGGCAGCCGCGUUAGCGUACGGCCUCGAUAAGAACUUGAAGGGAGAGCGCAAUGUUUUGAUAUUCGAUUUGGGAGGAGGCACUUUCGACGUUUCCAUACUAACCAUCGAUGAAGGUUCGUUGUUCGAAGUAAGAGCUACGGCCGGUGACACACAUUUAGGAGGAGAGGACUUUGACAAUCGACUAGUCAACCAUUUAGCAGACGAGUUCAAACGCAAAUACAGAAAAGAUUUAAAAACUAAUCCUCGAGCGUUGAGAAGGUUAAGGACUGCCGCGGAACGAGCCAAGAGAACGUUAUCGUCGAGUACAGAAGCCUCUAUUGAAAUCGAUGCUUUGUACGAAGGUGUAGACUUUUAUACCAAAGUCACGAGGGCCCGUUUCGAAGAACUUAACGCGGAUUUGUUCAGAGGAACCUUACAGCCAGUUGAGAAAGCUCUCAAUGAUGCCAAAAUGGACAAGAGAUCUAUUCAUGACAUAGUGUUGGUUGGCGGCUCCACGAGAAUUCCCAAAAUCCAGCAGCUUCUGCAGAAUUUCUUCAACGGGAAACAGCUAAAUCUUUCCAUUAAUCCAGAUGAAGCAGUGGCUUAUGGGGCUGCCGUCCAAGCAGCAGUAUUGAAUGGCGAGAAAGACGAGAAGAUUCAGGAUGUGCUGUUAGUUGAUGUAACGCCUUUAUCGAUGGGUAUUGAAACUGCCGGUGGGGUUAUGACCAAAAUUAUUGAAAGAAACGCCAGAAUUCCAUGCAAGCAAACUCAGACUUUCACAACAUAUUCCGAUAAUCAGCCUGCGGUGACUAUUCAAGUCUUCGAAGGGGAAAGGGCCAUGACGAAGGACAACAACCUUCUGGGUACCUUCGACCUAACCGGAAUUCCACCAGCUCCCAGAGGCGUCCCUAAGGUCGAAGUCACCUUCGAUUUGGACGCCAACGGAAUCCUAAAUGUUUCUGCCAAGGAUACCAGUUCGGGCAACUCCCGUAACAUCACCAUCAAAAACGACAAGGGCAGACUAUCCCAGCAAGAUAUCGACCGAAUGUUGUCCGAAGCCGAGAUGUACAAAGAAGAAGACGAGAAACAAAAACUCAAAGUGUCUGCGCGAAACCAAUUGGAAGCCUACAUAUUCCAACUGAAGCAGGCAGUAAGUGAGUCCGGUGAUAAACUGAGCCCCGAGGACAAGUCGAGGGUGGAGCAAGAAUGCGCGGACGCGUUAAGGUGGCUCGACAGUAACACUCUGGCUGAGAAAGAAGAAUUCGAAGACAGACGGAAGCAGCUCACAUCCGCCUGCAGCCCCAUAAUGGCCAAACUCUAUGGAGGCGGCAACCAGCAGAACUUUGGCCCCGGACCCUCGUCAAGUGGAAUGCCCGGUGGAUGUGGAAGACAAGCAGGUGGAUUCGGUGGACAGCAAAGUGGACCGACAAUCGAGGAGGUCGACUAAGAUACCAAUUUUCAAGAUCUUCAUUUUCAAGACUGAUUAUUUAAUUAGAUAAUUAAUUUGUUAUCUGUUGUACAAAUUUUAAGUUAAAUAAAAGGACGUAAGUUUUAAUAACUGUUUUAUUUGAAAAACUUAUACAGGUUUUCGAAACAUAAAAUUAACAUGUACAAAAAAUAUCAUAAAAAAGUAUUUAACAGCUUACUAGCGCUAAAAGUUAUAAAAAAUAAAUAUACACAUAAUAUUGAGAGGUAAAAGAAUCGAAUAACGCGCCAUUUAAGAUUUGGGCUUCCUUGCCUAAAUAAUGAAAAUUAAAUAAAAACAAAUAGGCCUAGCCUACACCACUAUCCUACCUAAUUACAUCGUAGUACAUUACAGGUUUCUGUAUAUUUUUAAUGAUAUAUACAAGUAUAUUCUUACACCGAUAUCCAAAAAAACAGAUCGAUAUUUGAAGAAAGACACGAUUGUAUUUGAAGCGGGAUGAAACGGGAAAGUUUGAUUUUUCCAUAAGCUCAGAAAAGUCCAUCCAUUUCAUAUUAAAAAACAAAAGUGGCCAAGCGAUUUUCACACGAAACUUCCUCAAAUUGUUUUAAAUUGCAACGUCUCUCCUUAUUUUUACAAUCAAAAAAAUAUAUUCCCACCCAAGAUGGAUCGGGACCAAGUAAAAAAUUAAAUAAUUUGUACUUUAAAAACCUCAAUAGCAGGAUUGUGGCCAACCUACAAAUAUUAGAGACAAUUUGUUCAGGAUGUUUCGAAUAUUAGGAUGUAUAUUUAUCUAGCACGAUCUAAAUCUGCAAAUGAAACAGAAGUUUAUCCGACUACUAGUGGACUUAAAAACAAGGCUGAUAAGUGCGAUGACAUUCAUGCCAGCAUAAUUGAGUUAGCUGUUCCGGUCACAAAUCGCAUUAUAAAUAAUGGCAUGGAGCAAAGUAUCCAAUUUGGUUUCCUCAAGAAAAAAGGCCCAGAUGAUGCGCUACAGCUUCACUUACCAGAUUUAUCUAUGAAGUCAGCAAGUUAAAACAAAUGUUCAACUCAUACAUAAAUGACUUAUUGGUUUUGCAAGAUACGCGGCAAAAUAUUUCAAUGAAUUGAAAAAUCGCACUGUCGACAAAAAAGUUAAAGAAAACAUUAGAAGCGUUACAAUCGAAUAAGUAAAAAUAAAAUUCAAAAAAAUAUCUAUAACUCUUUUUCAAUUUUGUGAAAUAAUAAAAAAGAUUAACAUAUUGUGUACAACCAGUAGUAAGUAGUUAAAAGUUAUUUUAUGGCCAACCUAUGUACAAGCAGUAUUUGCCCCUUUACUGUAGAAAGAUUUUUAUGUAAAAUGAAAUUUUGGCAAUAAAUAUUAUUAUUAUUAUUAUUAACAUGAUAAUUUGUGUUCUAUAGAUAGCAAGAAGACAAAUGCUUCUGUUACUACAAGGAAACAUAUCUGACAUAGAUGCAGGAGGAAAAAGUUCCUUCUGAGCUGGUAACGGUCAAAAAAUCUACAUUUACGCUAA